AUUCAGAAAACCUAAUUAGUUUAGUGAUUACACAAAAAUACAAAAUCAGUUAAAGAUUUGAUAGCCACGUUGAGUUGUCGUUUUGGUUUACAGUUCAAGAUUAUAUAUCUACAGGAGUUGUUUUAUGGGCUUCUGCAGAAAACACACUAGAGAAGUAAUAUGAGCAAUCAUCAAACAACGAAGCAGGUGUUGAAGCAACUAGAGCCAUGGUGUGAGCUUAAAGACAAAGUGGUUCUUCUGACCGGAGCUUCUUCUGGUAUAGGAAGAGAGGUCUGUCUCGAUCUGGGCAAAGCUGGCUGUAAGAUUAUCGCAGCAGCUCGCCGUGUAGAUCGUCUCGAAUCUCUCUGCUCUGAAAUGAACAGCUUAAGUCCAACCGGAAUCAAAUUAGCCGCACCUCUCGAGCUAGACGUUUCAUCAGACGCAGCCACCAUUCAAAAAACUGUCAAAGAAGCUUGGGAGAUCUUCGGAAAGAUAGAUGUGUUGAUCAACAACGCUGGAAUCAGAGGCAAUGUCAAGACGUGUUUAGACUUGUCUGAAGACGAAUGGGACAGAGUCUUCAGAACCAACUUAACCGGUACUUGGUUAUUAUCCAAAUACGUCUGCAGCUUAAUGCGAGACGCUAAACGCGGCGGCUCGGUGAUAAACGUCUCGUCCAUCACCGGUCUCCCCCGCGGUAUAUUACCAGGUGGACUCGCCUAUGCUUGUUCCAAAAGCGGCGUUGACACCAUGACGAGGAUGAUGGCUAUUGAGUUAGGUGUGUACAACAUAAGAGUGAACUCAAUAGCACCGGGGCUUCUUAAGUCAGAGAUCACUCAAGGUCUUAUGCAAAAAGAGUGGCUUAAGAACGUGAACGAGAGGACUAUACCGUUGAAGGUGCAACAGACAGUGGAUCCGGGACUUACCUCAUUGGUUCGCUAUCUCAUUCAUGACUCUUCUCGAUAUGUCUCCGGGAACACAUACAUUCUCGACUCCGGAGCUACAAUUCCUGGCCUUCCCAUUUUUUCUUCUCUUUGAGCCUCAAAUAUCGCGUGUUGUAAUAAAAACAAGGGAAAAUUGUCAAAACAGAACAAAAAUUCAGUAUUGUUGUCAUUAUAAAACCAUCAUUUAGU